GAGGAUAGAGCUCUUUAUUUGACCCUGAGCUUCUGUCUUUUGAGCUAUCAAUAGUAAGCGCUUGAGUGUGACACCUCCGAAACCUCGUCAUCAUGGCCAAGUCGGGCAAGCAACACCCGGAUCUCCUGUGUUGCAACUUCAACCAAGACUUCUCAUGCGUUGCCGUAGGUCACAAAAAGGGGUAUACAAUAUUGAACUGUGACCCAUAUGGCAAGGUUCACCAGAAGAGCCAAGGACCUACUGCUAUCGUGGAAAUGCUGUUCUGCACAUCCCUGGUUGCCCUGGUCGGCGCAGCCGAUGCAUCAGGCAGUACUCCUCCUAGUCCUCGGAAAUUACAGAUCGUCAAUACCAAGCGUCAAUCGACCAUCUGCGAGCUUACAUUCCCAACGUCAAUCUUGGCCGUCAAGAUGAAUCGUAAACGUCUGGUGGUUGUGCUCGAAGCUGAGAUCUAUAUCUAUGAUAUAUCCACUAUGAAGCUAUUACACACCAUUGAGACUGGUCCCAAUCCCGGUGCAAUCAUAGCCUUAUCUCCCGAUUCAGAACGAUCAUACCUCGCCUAUCCCGCCGCUCCAACCACAACCACCAUCCCCCUUUCCUCCUCCACCGUUCCCCGUCCACCCGCACCGUCAAUGGGCGAUGUAUAUAUCUUCGAUACCAUCUCUCUCUCCGCCGUCAACGUUAUCCAAGCUCACAAAGCGCCUAUCGCCGCUUUAUCACUCAGUUCGACCGGGAACAUGCUGGCGACCGCUUCUGAAAAAGGGACCGUCGUUCGCGUAUUCUCGAUACCUGAUGCUCAGAAGUUAUGGCAGUUCCGACGAGGAAGUAGUAACGCCAAGAUCUUCAGUAUCAAUUACAACCUCAUGUCCACACUCUUAGCUGUAUCAAGCGAUUCCAGCACUAUUCACAUAUAUCGUCUCAAUCCCAAAGCGAUCGGGUCUGAUGCAGAGUCAUCUAGGGGAGAUGUACACAGUCCAACGCCCAGCGAAACGCCAAGUACGACUUCACCUCCUGUACAACCCAACACGGGAUCAGGCGCCACUAGUUCGUUGAGACGAAGGAGCUAUCAUAUCGGAAAGAAUUUCAUCAGCGGGGCUGCCGGGUACAUGCCUAGAUCAGUGAGUGAAAUGUGGGAGCCUCAAAGAGAUUUCGCGUAUAUCAAGAUGCACUCGGGAGGUGGGAGAUCCGUUGUGGCGAUGUCAGGGACAGUACCACAGGUUAUGGUCAUCAGUUCCGAAGGUUUCUUUCAGGCUUACAACAUUGAUUUGGAGAAUGGUGGUGAAUGUUCAUUGAUGAAGGAGUUUCCCUUACUCGGCGUGGAAGAAACCGGUGCCGAUCCUUUCACAUGA